CCAGCAAUCCGGCCGCGGCCAGGCAGCCACCAGCAGCGACAAGAAAUCGAGAAUCCUCGUUUCCCAUUUUGUGGCUGGCGCGAGCGUGCAGCGUCACAGGUUUCCGGACGGACGCUUUCUAUCGCAAUCCUAUCUAUAUAUUUAUCCCAAGGCUUCGUGGUUUUUGUUGCUGCUGCUGCUGUCACGGCCGCCUUCCACUCCCACAAGCUUCAGCUAGCCUUCUUACUCCCGCCGUCACCCCCGAUCCGAGAGCGAGCAUGGCGCACUCUCUCGCCGCCUCCUUCUCGCCGGCCGCCGCCCGGCGCCAGGUCACAAAUGUGAUUCCAAGCUGGACCUCGGUUUCCUUCCAGAGCCACAGGAUGACUUCUGUAUCCAUCCGCUCAAGACAAAGGUCUCUUGGGUUUAAGAUUUGCUGUUCGGCUAAGAAAGAGACAGUGGACAAGGUUUGCAGUAUAGUGAAGGAGCAGCUGGCUCUUCCCGAUGGGACCGCCAUCACUGCCGAAUCAAAAUUCGCUGAACUUGGCGCUGAUUCGCUGGAUACGGUCGAGAUUGUGAUGGGCCUCGAGGAGGCGUUCAACAUAACAGUCGACGAAACAAGCGCACAGGACAUCGCAACAGUGCAGGACGCUGCGGACCUUAUCGAGAAGCUCAUGCUGGAGGCACCUCCAAAGGUCGUCUAGAUCCAGCAACCUUGCGAUCGACGACCUUGUGUUUGAUCUAUGUUGUGUGUUAAUUUGUUCGUGUUGCCCCAUUUGUUCUUUCUUGAUGAUUCAAGAUGAGGUUUUGUAUUGGUGUUGCUGAGGUGAAUUAGAUAGCCCCAAAGGCCACAUGAAGCAGAUGAGGACAGUUCAUUCCACUUUGAAUUUGUAUGUUGUAACUUGUAGUGCUGCUAUAGAGAAACCAAUGGACUGUUAUGAAGAGUCAAUGCAACUGUUGCUUUUUUAGUUUUGGGAAGUCACACACAUGAAAGUCUGAAUCAGAUGCAGUACU